AUGGACAUGAAGAGAAAAAACAAGAAGGGAAACAUCGUGAAGUGGCUGAGGGAGGACUUCAUUUCGGGCCCAGCAAUAUUUUAUGACAUCUCCAAAAUGGCGAAGGCCUUUGGUGAGCAUCUCACCCCCUCCCAGUUAACGGACGUGAUCCUGAAAGCCCUCGAGGCUGUCAAAAGUGUCAACAAGAACCUUUCGCAGGCUGCCGGGAUGCUCUUGAAUUCCUUGAUGGAGGAAUGUGGAAUGGAGAUGGAGGAACUACCGAUGAUCCUAAGAGAAAUGUACAUGUGUCUCCCAAAUAUUUUGGACUCUGCCACCAAGGAAGAGGUCAUAAAAGCAGUGUGCCACCUGGCUUCGAAAAGGCCAAACCGAGUGGUGGAUACCAUCCUGGAGGUCUCGGUGGAGUGUGAUGGGCCCGCAAGAGAGCUAUGGAGGGCUCUGGUGGCAGAUCCAUACGCCAACCUGAGGGUCAUGAAACCCCUCCUCAAAAGGCUCCAGGAUGAAGAAUCCACCACAGAAAUGACCGGAAGGAGAAAUAGCAAAUCCAUCAUGCCCAUCGCGGCCACCAAUGCCCUGUCCUUCAUCCUCUCGUUACCUGAUGCAACGGAUGCUAUCCAGAACAAAUUCCCUCAGCUGCUCAUUGCGUUGGUGACGCAGAUAUAUUUUCUCCUUGGAGCCGGCAAACGAGGGUCAAGACGAUCAAGCCAAAUAAUGGAUAAUUCCCAACCAAUCAACUUCUUGGGCACUGCCGUGCAAGCGAUCCAGAACUUGAUUAUGCGUGCUGGAUACACGGAGGAGUACAACACUUUGGGGACGCUGGGAUGCUGGGAAAUGCUACUUACCCCAGACAGUGUUUUUGAAGCUAUUUUCCACCUGGUCCGGAACUUGUUCUCAUUCUCUAAAGUGGAACUCAAGGCGAUGUUUAGACAGGCCAACAUAUACCUGCGCCACCCCGACAUAAGGGAGAAGACCAUCGGGAUGGUUUUCUUCUCAGAGCUGCUGUACCACCAGGAGAUCGGACACCAUUUUAUGAUGCAGGACAUUCUGGAUGUUCUUCACAAAUGGAUGAGCCAAUCGUAUCUUCUCCUACAAAUAUUUAGUGUUCGUGGACUGGGGUACCUACUUCAGCACCCCUUGGAGAACAGGAUUUUGCAGCCGCUUCUACCACCUCUCGUCAACUGUGCCAGCCAUCCGGAUAAGAGCUUAGCCAAUGAAGCUCUGAGGACGCUUCAAUUUGUCUUCCGACACCUGGAUGUGGAAACAUAUGGAUACCAGGCCAUCUCUCUGAUCCCACACCUAGUGAAGUAUUUUUCUAAUGAAGACACCGAGCUGCGGGUUAAUUCCAUCUCUAUUUUCGGCAUGCUCUUGAAAGGGGUGAAGGAGAUCCAGGACAGAAAUGUGGCAGAAAAUAUUAUGCAGAGCCUCGUACCAUUAUUGAUCCAACUUUCAGACAGUCGGACCAAAGAAGUCUCCAGGAACGCUCUCAGUGCCUGCGUCACGUUCAUGGACUGGAAGGAGGUUCCCAGCGACUUGUUCAACUAUGAGAUGUACAGCAGCCCCCAUAGCAUGUACAAGGACAUCUGCGCCAUCAUCAGUUCAUUGGCUUCUUUCUUGCCUUCUUUUCCCCAGAUGAAUAAAUGCAAGCAAAACAUCUCCCAAAUGUUGGACCAAAUGCUGGAUUUCCUGCGGAACAGAAAGCCUCUUUAUCGAGAGGCAGCUGCCCAAUUAAUUGGUAAGCACAAAUGCAAAACCUGGAAGAAGGGGAUAGAAAAGCAAGAGAGACAGGAUGUGGUUCCUUCCAGCCAACUAGAAGCAGUUUACCUCGCUCUCCGGAAUCUGGAAGGCGAUUGUGAACCCUCAGUGGCUCAGGUGGCAGCUGCAUCAUUAGAAGAACUGUUUCGACAAUGUGGCCACCGAGUAAACCCCGAUCUAGUUAGUAGCCAACUCCUAGCCAAAGUCAUUGGAAGCAUCUCCAUACAGCCCUCUGAGACCCCGCAAUAA